CUUGAGGAGUGUUUGAAUUGCAUACGACAAAAGGAACAGAGUGUCAACUUGUCAGUUAGUCAUUUCCUACAUUAUAUUGUCAUGCGCAAUACAGGAAUAAGUUAAAUCAUUCUUUUCCCCUUUACAUUAUUGUCGCACACUAUAAAUAAGGACGCCUCCUGCAAAAAUACAAAUCCAUGGAGAUGGAGACUACUUCAAAUUUCACACAAAUCAAUUUUCUUCCUAUUUUCCUACUCCUUUUCCUCUUCCUUUCACUUCCAUCUCCAUCUAUUGCCGCCGACGAAAUGUGCAAUCCCGGCGACAGAGAUGCACUUUUACAGAUCAAACAAGGCCUCAACAACCCCCAGAGCUUAGGCUACUGGGUUUCAACCAGGGAUUGUUGUUUUUGGUUCGGUGUCCAAUGUGAUGACCUUGGCCACGUCAUUGGUCUCACGAUUUUUUCCCGUAAUGUCUCCGGCCAAUUCUCGCCGGCCAUCGGCAAUCUCCGGUACCUCCAAUUAAUUCGAAUAAACUACCUCUCAAAUCUCACGGGAACAAUCCCUCCUACCAUCACCCGGCUUACCCGUCUCACCGUCCUCGACCUCUCCGGCAACAAACUCUCCGGCCAUAUUCCGUCAUUUCUCGGUAAACUCAAGGGUUUAAGAGUUUUAGACUUAUCAAACAAUCUCUUCAGCGGUUCGAUCCCGGGUUCCCUCUCAAAACUACCUAAUAUUGUCAACCUUCAUUUGGAAAACAACCGUCUUACCGGAUCGAUCCCGGAAUCUUUCGGAUACUUCAUCGGAAUAACUCCUAAUCUUUACCUAUCAAAAAAUUUUCUCAGCGGCCCACUUCCAAUGUCCUUAGGCUACGUGAACUUCACCACUGAAAUUGACCUGUCAUGCAAUAAUCUCACCGGCGACCCGACGUUAACAUUGUUCGGGAAAAAUAAGACGGUUGAGAAUGUUGAGCUGAACUUCAACUCGUUUGAGUUCGAUAUUUCCAACGUGGUAUUUCCGGACAACUUGACGACUUUGUUGCUUGAUCAUAACAAAAUCUAUGGAAGGCUUCCAGAAGGGUUGACUGAAUUGAACUUGCAGUUCUUUGAUGUGAGCGAUAAUGGGCUUUGUGGGCAGAUUCCUCAAGGCGGCACACUUCAGACCUUCGUUUCCAAUAAUUAUGCCCACAAUAAAUGCUUGUGUGGUGCUCCCCUUCCUGCUUGCAGCUAGUUUUGUACGUACGUACAUUAAUACUACACAUGAAAGGUAUGUUUGAUAAAGAAAUUGGUACCAUUUUUUGUUUUUGUAUUUGAAAGGCUAUGGUAUGUGGAUGGAAGAUGGAUCAAGAUGUCGUAGCUCGCAUUCGCUCAUAUUGAUUUAGUUUUUUUAACUUUUUAGCCUUUUUUUCAAUUGUAUACGAAAAACGAUAGUUGCGAAUAAUGUGUAUGACACUCUUCAUCAAGGGUCCACAGUCACAGAGUAACACUACAAGUUGGUUAUCAAAAACGAACUGUGACCCCACAGGCCACAAGUUCAUCGACAAAGUCAAUUUUAGUUCUUGAUAUUAUGUUUUUAAUUAAGGGUGUCCUUUGGAGGAAACUAGUAUUAUGAUAAUUAGGUAAUUCUCCCUCCGUCCCAAAAUUAUUAUCCAGUUUAAAUUUUUAUUUUCAAUUCAAUUUGUACUAAAAUCUAAAAUCUAAAUUGAAUAAUAAUUUAAGAACGGAAGUAAUAGCUAUGACGGUGAAGUUCUUCGGAGAUGACAGGUAGACCAAUCCCACCAAAAAUACUAGUAUAUAUUCCCUUCUAUCCUUAUUAUGAUUUGUUCUACACCUCAAUUGUUUUUAAUUAAAAAUAAAAUCUUUAAAAUAUAUUUCAGCAUUUAUGUAUAUUGUGCUCUCCUAGUAGUUAUUAUAAACUAAUUUUUAAGGUUUAUUUUUUACUAGAAAAACAUAUCUAAUGAAAUUUAAGACAAAUCAAAAUAUCUAAAGAAUCGGAGGAGAUAUCUAGUUCCAAAUUUUAGAAGCAAGCAACAAAAAGGAUUGAGCUACUCCUAUUACAUUUUUGAAUAGGAUAGAUUAUCACGUAUAUUUAUAAAUGAAGAAACUGAAACUAAUAAUGGUUCGGGUUGUAAGGGGGUUAUAUAAUGACCAGCCGAACCUCCUUCCUUCUGCACCCGUUUUUGGUUUCAUAUUGGAGCUCUAGGGAUAAUAAGGGGGUUAUAUAAUAAGCAAAUCCAAGACAAGGCAUUCUCCACCGAAAAAAUCCAAGAAAAUUCUCCACUAAAAAUUAUUUAUUCCAACACACUUUUCUUCCCACAUAGACCAACUGAAAUUAAUAAGGGGUUGUAUAUUUAUAGAUAGUAAUUCUCCACGAAAAAUUAUUUAUUCCAACACACUUUUCUUCCCACAUAGACCAACUGAGAUU